CAAGAAUUAUCAUUCAAUUAACUUUCAAGUUGUCGCUAUUCUUUCUCUUUCCUGCUGCGGAUUCUCACAAUGGCGCCUAAAAGUGAAGCAUAUGGAAAUAAAAGGAAGCUUGUUGAUCGAAGUAAAGAUCAGUCAAGCAAGAAGCCGAAGUUUGACAAGCGACAGGUGCAGAGAGAAGAACCAGAGGACGGAAACGAUGGUAGCGAAAUCAGCGACUUUUCGGAUCUAGAUGAUGGCGGUGCUCCCUUGAACGACAAAAAGCCACAAAAUAAUGAGUGGAGGAAUGGCAACGAUCAAGCCGGGAAAGUUUUUGAAAAGGGCCAAAACUCUCGUGAAUCCCAUAUCAAACAAAGGCAACUUGCUCAAGAACGCAAAUCCCAGAAGCCUCUAGCCGAUGACUUGCAGCGAACGAAGAAGCUCUGGGAAAGAUUACGGUUGAAAUCUAAAGUUCCGAAAGAGGAGAGGCAAAAGCUCGUCGAGGAGCUUUUCAGCAUUACAACAGGUCGUAUGAAGGAUUUUGCGCUCAAGCACGAUGCUGUUAGAGUUGUACAGACUGCAAUCAAAUAUGCGACUCCUGAGCGCCGGAAGAUGAUUGCAAAGGAAUUGAAAGGUGCUUACCCUGUCUUGGCCGAAAGCAAGUAUGCCAAAUUCUUGAUUGGCAAGCUUCUUGUAAAAGGCGACAAGGAGGUUCGAGAUAUCAUUGUCCCGGAAUUCUUCGGCCGAGUCCGAAAACUCAUCAAUCAUCCCGAAGCUUCCUGGAUCCUAGAUGAUAUCUACCGAGGUAUCGCAACUAAGGAACAGAAGGCAAUUUUGUUAAGAGAGUGGUACGGCCCUGAAUUCCACAUCUUCCGGCAAACGACAGAAGGCGAGACUGCUCCUUCGGGUGAACUUUCUCAAAUUCUCGCAGAGGAACCAAGUAAACGUGGUCCGAUCAUGAAAUACCUACUUGACCUGACGAACCAACUCGUCCAAAAGAAGAUGACUGGCUUUACGAUGCUUCAUGACGCCAUGUACCAGUACUACACCAACGCGAAGCAGGGCUCAGAGGAAGCUAAGGAAUACGUCGAAAUGAUUAAGGAAGACGAGAACGGCGACUUACUAAAGAACAUGGCCUUCACGAAAUCUGGCGCCCGACUCGUGUGCUUGCUUCUCGCCCAUGGAACCGCGAAGGACCGGAAGCAGAUUCUGAAGACGUACAAGGAUACCUUCCAACUCAUGUCAAGCGACCCUAAUGGACAUUUGAUUAUUCUUGCUGCCUAUGACCUAAUUGACGAUACCGUUCUAACUUCCAAAUCUAUCAUAUCCGAAUUGAUAGGAAAGACGGAGCAGGAUGAAGUCACCAACAUUGUCAUCAGUAUCAAUGACCCGAAUGCGCGCUUAACUAUUCGAUAUCCUCUUGAGGGUGCAUCCAAGGCACUGUUUGACGCUGGCCGUGCCGAUGAUUUGAAGCUACUUGAGGAACUCUGGGAGAUUCGAAAGACUACAAGCAAAAAGGACCCCGAGAUCCGCCGAAAGGAACUCGUCGCAGCAUUGUCGCCAUAUCUAUUGACUGCUAUUGCCACAUCGCCGCUAGAUUUGAUUUCCACUUCGCAUGGGUCACAGAUGGUUACUGAAGCUCUCCUUUCUUGCGUCGGGGACAAGUCAGAAGCGUUACAGGCAAUAGCGUCUACCGCAAAGGGAAACCCCCAUGAGGUAGAAGAAUCUGAGGGGGUCCUCACUCCUCGAGAGCAUAUAUCUAAAGCUUCCCACGGUGGACGCAUGUUCAAGACUCUAAUCUCCGGUGGACGUUUCGAUAAAGCAACACGUCGCAUAAUACCAAUUGACCCUCCCCUCAGCUUCUCAGACAUACUCUAUCCUACCAUCAAAGAUCACAUCAUAGCUUGGGCGACUGGGCCGAGCUCAUUUGUGGUGUUGAACCUCCUAGAAGCGGAUGACUUCUCCUUUAAAGACGAACUCAAGAGUAUACUAAAGAAGAACAAAAAGACGUUACAGAAAGCGGCGACAGAGGAGACGCCAGAACAGAAGGCUGCAAAGGAGGCCGUACAGGAGGCCGCCGAUGCGGAUGGAGAGAAGAAGCCGUCGAAGAAGAAGAGUAAGAAGGCCGGGUCGAAAAAAGAGGCUCCUGUUGGCAAUAUGGGUUCAAAGCUGUUAUUAGAGCAGAUAAAGGGAUAGAUACGUGCCACAAAUUAGAUAUUAGGCAUAGGGCUUUCGGAAUUACAAAUGAGAUAAUGUUACAGUCUUGGUAUCGCAACUCUUGAUGUCUACAUUUCGGC